AUCAGGGCUGCUUUAGAAAAUCAGGAAAAAAAUAUAAGGCCGCAAGCGAAAGGGAAACGAAAGAGCGAGAGCGCGAACGGGGGUAAAUUUUAGGGUUUCCUUUUGAGAGGUUGAUUUAUUUAUCAGUAGAAUGAGGGGAAGAAGUUACAGUUACAGUCCUUCACCUCCAAGGAGUUAUCGCAGAAGAGGCCGGAGCCCAAGUCCUAGAGGUCGUUAUGGAGGACGUAGUAGGGAUAUGCCAACAAGCCUCCUUGUUCGGAACCUUCGUCAUGGAUGCAAACCGGAGGACCUUCGUAAGCCAUUCGGACAGUUUGGACCACUAAAGGACAUAUAUUUGCCUCGUGACUAUUACAGUGGGGAGCCUCGUGGAUUUGGCUUUAUUCAAUAUGUGGACCCAGCUGAUGCAGCUGAAGCCAAGUACCAAAUGGAUGGGCAAAUUCUUCUAGGUCGUGAAUUAACUGUUGUGUUUGCAGAGGAAAACAGAAAGAAGCCAGCUGACAUGAGGGCAAGGGAGAGAGUCAGUACACGAUAUGAUCGGAGAUCUCCCCGCCGUUCUCGUUCCCAUCGAUAUUCUCGCUCCCGUUCCCCAAGAUAUUCUCGAUCCCCGCGACGCGGUAGAUCUCGCUCUCGUAGUCGCAGUUACUAUUCUCCUUCACCGAAGAAGCAAAGCUGCUCUCCUCCUCCGAGGAAGCAAAGCUACUCUCCUUCUCCGAGGCAGCAGCGGGAGUACUCGAGGUCGGUUUCACCUGAUGAAAGGGCGCACAGGGAGCGAUCGGAUUCACGUUCUCCUCCUGUAGACAACAGGUUGAGGAGCAGGAGCCCUUAUGAGAAUGAAGAGCAGAGGGAGAGGUCUCGCUCUCUGAGCCGAUGAAGCCCAGAGAGAGCCUGACUAUUUUCGGCUAGUGAGAUGAGGUUUUAGGGUUGUAGUGAAGGGGGAUGUUUGGACUUGGAUUUUAUGAUGAUAUAACUGAGGACAUCAUAUAUCUUUAAUGUACCUCUGUUGAGGUAACCAAAUGUAUUUUGCGGUUGGCAUUUGAUCUGUAUUAUCGCUCUUUGUUGUAUGCAGUUCAAGUAGGUGAUGGACGGCAAAUACUCUUUUGUGCUUCCUGUUUUUAUUUUAUGACGGGAUGUUUGAAACUGAUGAAAGUUGGGCAAUUAUCAUCGUGAAAACAGAUGCUGAUUUUUAA